UUCCACAGCAGCAUGGGAAAGGUUAUCAGCGAGUGUUGGGGAAUUCCCAUGUUAUUAAUGGUGCUGUUUACAUUGCAACAACCUGCCACAGUGGACGCGUCAACCUGUGGAGUGCGCCGUCUUUCACCGAUGGGCCUGGUGACGAAAGGCAUCAAGGCAGAGCGUGGUGAUUGGCCAUGGCAUGCAGCACUAUUUGCACGGGGAAAGAAGACGGCUAGGCCCGAGUACAAGUGCGGUGGAUCUAUUAUCAGUGAAAACUUCAUUCUCUCUGCUGCUCACUGCAUAGAGGAACCGAACCCGGAACGAUAUUUCGUGAAGGUUGGCUUGUAUCAGCUAUACAAUGACACGGACCCGAAUGUAGAAAUUUACAACCUCUUCGAGAUUAUCCUACACUCCAAGUAUGAUAGUCGAAAGUUUUACAACGAUAUCGCCCUAAUGCGUCCCGAUCGUGUGAUCUCGUUCUCGACGUUCGUCAUAUUCCCAAUCUGCCUGUGGCCAGCACACAACCCAUCGCUUAUCGAUGUUCUCCGACAGUCGGGAAUAGCGGUUGGGUUUGGGUUUGACGAGUCCCACCGUAUCAGUGAAACGCUUCAGCAAGCCUCAAUGAAGGUGAUUGAAAAGCAAAAGUGUAUCGAACAGCUACCCGAACACGUUCGCUUCCUGCCACAGGACGUGGGUAAACUAUGUGCCAUCGGGACCGAAACGGGUGCCAACGUGUGCUCUGGGGACAGUGGCGGUGGUUUGUACUUUGCGAAGGAUCAAGUAUGGUAUUUGCGCGGUAUUGUGAGUGCUGCCGCUAGGAUGGAUCUAGACAAUGGGGAGUCGUCCUGUAAUGCAGCACUGCCGGCCACUUACACCGAUGUUGCUCAGUACACCAGCUGGAUCAACGCUCACCAGCGGAUGGUUGAUCAGAGGAAUUUGCUGAAGCUGGAAGAUUGUGGCAUGGCAAGAAACUCUGAGAUACCGGACGAGAUGCAGAAGCCUGUGUUUAAUCAAUACCCUUGGAAUGUGCUCCUGGAAUUUCGGCAGCUAAAUAAGGCUCAGAUUCAUCUGGUGUGCAGUGGAGUGCUGGUACAUCCACGAUAUGUACUCACCGUAGGCCACUGUAUCGAUGGGAUCUUCAGUAACUACAAUCUCAAAUCUGUUCGUCUCGGCGAGUACAAUAUACGCACGCUGGAAGACUCCGAUGCCGGUGUCACCAUCACGUCCCAAUCGGUUGAUAUUGAGCAAGUCCUCUUCCAUCCGAGCUACAAUCAACCUCUCUACAGCAACAAUCUGGCUCUGUUGAAGCUUAAGCACAAUGCCGAUACAGCCAAACCGAACAUUAAACCCAUCUGCCUGCCCAGCAUUGAUGAUUACAAGGAAUCUUUUCUAACGCUCAGCGGCUGGAAGCGCAACAAAUACCUCUUUCCAAAACAGGAACGUGAUGCGAUGAAUCUCUCCUCGGUCGCUAACUGUCGCAGCGACUACGAAAAACUCGGCAUCCAUCUACCAGCAACGGAAGAUGUACUGUGCGGAGUAUAUAAAGCACGUGCAGCAGGACACUGUCACAAUUACGCCACCGGAUCUCCACUGCAAUACAUUAAGCGGGUUGAUAAUGUGCCACGCUACUUCCUGGCAGGGAUGAUGAUGUUCAACUUUCCCUACUGCCGUGCAAAUGGUAGCGAAAUGUUUGUAAAUCUAGACAGUGCAAGCGAGUGGAUAAAGGACACGAUAAAGUGAUCGUAGUAAACACGAAGA